GGAAAAUAUUGGAGAGGAAAACAAGGAAGAGUCGGCUCUUAUGGGGCUGCUGUGUCUUGGAGGAUUUUCUGCAUGAUUUGAGGAUCCUUUGCCUGAAUAUAUGUUAUCCUCUAACAUAUUUCCACUGAAAGGUAGUUAUUUUGAGUCCUGGAGAGAUAGCCGGCCGCAAAUCCAACCAAACCGGUUCCAACUGCCACCAACUGCUUUAAAAAAAUUCAACGGCCACGAUUACUCUAAACACAAUGCGCUUCAUAAACAGCCUGUUGAAAAAAAAUGGUCGUUUUUCACCCUCAGUUGUGUCUCAAUCAUGGUGGUCCAAAUGCAUGUACUCAUUGUUAUUUCAGCCCUGGCUUUCUCCUUCUUCACCGCCAAUGGUUCUGACCCUGCAAGUUCAGAUAAAGCACCACUACCUAAAUUUGCUUUCAGUUGGUUGGAUGACAAAGACACAUUCCGUGCCGGUGAUGUUGCGGCUAUAAAGAUUAAAGUACUGGAACACGCUGACAAGCUUGAUAAAAAUGCUUUUAAGCCCACUCUUACGGUGAACGAAAAGAUGGGGAAUAGCUCUUAUGUAUCUGGGGUUCUUUUGGAUUUUGAGGGUGAUCCUAGCGAUUGGAAAAUUAACUUCAUUGUGAUCACAGCCGGGUUAUUCAAUGUGCUCAUUGAGGAAAACGAUUUCAAAGUGUUCGAUUCCUCAAUGCAUUUCCAAGUUGAACCAGGUCAAAUGUACCCGUCUGUCUGUGUUGCUUCUUGGAUGAAUCUUAUGAAUGAGUUUGAUGCCGGGACAAAAGCGGCAGUUCUGAUACUUCCUAGAGAUGCAUUUGGGAAUAAUAUCUCUUCAACCACUGAAGAGCCCAAUGUACAUAAUUUUACGGUGUCAGCAUUUUAUGCAAAUGGUUCCAUUGCAGUUGUCCCAAACAUCACCUUCAUGGGUUGGAAUGAAUUUGGUUAUAUCAUCAUCGAGUUUAUUACGGUGCAGGCUGGAGACCUCUCAUUGCAUGUAGAAGGUGACAAUGAAACUUUGAAUGGCUCUCCACUACCAUUUAAGGUGAACCCAGGACCUCUAGAGAUUUCCAAUUGCAUGGCUACGUGGAACUUUGAACCAAAUGGGUGGCAACUAUUCUCAAAGAUGGAAAUAUUUAUACAGCAAAAGGAUCAAUAUGGGAAUUUUGUUCCAGGAUUAUAUGAAUUUGAUGCUGAAGUUGUUGAAAAAGAGACGAAUUUGUCUAUCCCUGUUGCAGACUUACACUUUGAAGAAGUCAUGGCAGGAAUUCAGUUGUUUUCUUUUAGCAAUUUGGAACCAGGGAACUUCUUACUAACAAUAUAUGAUCUCAAGCAUGAUGAAAGCAUUUCCAACAUGCCGUAUGCCUAUACUGUCUUCGUAGGUUAUUGCGAUGCGUUGGAAAGUGUUGUCAAUGGAUCUGGUCUAAAUAAUUCGCUUUCCGGGGAAGUGGCAGAGUUCUCAGUUUAUUUGAAUGAUCAUUAUCAAUACCCCUCUCAGGUUGAAGUAGAGAGGCUUCAAGUACAAAUAGCAAGGGAAAUUGAUUCCUAUUAUGUAUUGCCAAGCAUAUAUCCUCUGCAUAUCCCCAACGGCAGUGAACCCACUGGGAGAUUGAGAUAUGGUGCCACAAGCCAGAUGGAAAUUGCCCCUUCACCGUCUGUUGACCUGAGUAACAUUUCUGUUGGGAACUCAAAAGUUCAGGCCAGUUCCUUUAAUGUGGUGUAUACACCUGACAAGAGUGGGAUUUAUGAAAUUCGUGUAUUUUGUGGAAAUAUUCUGCUGAAUGGUGGCCACUCAUUCACAAAGGAUGUAAUAGCAGGUGAAGUUAAUAUAUCACUCUCAGGAGUUCUGAGAUUCAAUCCCAAGGUGCCAAAACUGAUUAAAAAUGAAAUAGUAGUGCAGCUCAAGGAUUCAUUUCAAAACCCUGUUUUGUUGCAACAAUCAAGGCUCAAGUUAGAGAUUGCUUCAAUCAACAAUUCUGGCUUUUCAAGUUGGACGUUUGUAGAUAACAAUGAUGGGUCAUACACUGUUCAUUAUCUGGCCAAGGAUGUUGGCACUUACCAGAUGUGUGCUUCUUUUGAUGGAAAACAACUCUCACCCUGCCCGUUUGAAGUCAAUGUGUACACUAGUGAAUAUUUUCCCAUAGCCUACAAUGAUACAAUAUCUGUUUGGGAGGAUGAGUCCAUUGCUUUUGAUGCUUUAGCAAAUGACUACUUUGCUGGUGACAAUGCAACUAUUGUUGAAUACACAAAAACAGGUCACGGUUCACUUUUACAGUAUGGAAGGCUUCUUAGAUAUACUCCUUACAAGGAUUAUUAUGGGAAUGAUUCUUUUUCAUACACAAUGUCUGAUAUAAAUGGCAAUCUUGCUACUGCCACUGUAAACAUUUCUGUUCUCAGUAUCCCACCCCAGUUUGUUUCCUCUCCAAGUGAAUUGCAAGCAACUGAAGAUGUCGUAAAUCCCAGAUUCGGGGGCUUCUCUGGGUUUGAGAUUAAAUAUUCAGAUCAGAUGGAGAACAUUUCCAUUACUCUCAGUGCAAAGUUUGGGACUGUCUUUUUGUCUCCCAUGCUGAUGCAAUUUUGGCAGCCAAUGUGGAGUGGACUAUUUGUAAACAGAGGGGGUCAAGAAGCAAAGGACCUGAUCUUAGAAGGCUGCGCAGAAGUAAUCAAUUUUGCGCUUCAGUCAAUUCAGUAUCUUGGAAAUGAGAACUUCAGUGGUAAUGAUACAAUGCGAGUCUCUACCAGGAACAAGAAUGGAAAAAACGAUUUGGAUGUUCCAGUUUUUGUGGACCCUAUCAAUGAUCCUCCAUUUAUUCAUGUUCCUGAAAUUAUUAUCCUGAAGGGUAAUGAAGACGAGUCACUGAUCUUUGACAGAGAAAGAGACAAGUUUGAGUUUUAUGUUGGGGAUCCAGAUCUUCUUAACUUCACAGGUGGUGAGAUAAACUUCAUAGUGGAGUUCUCUUUGGAAGUUAAUGAUGGACUUUUGGUCACUAGUUUACCAGCUGAGCUCAUUAAUACAACUGAACUGAAGUUAAAGAACAUUUAUCUGUGGCAACCUCUGCAGACAUAUGUUACUAUCUCAAAACAUUUUAAAGUCAAAGCUAACGGUAUUAGAUUUCGGGCCACAGUCAAUUAUUGCAAUAGUAUUAUGCAACAACUGUUUUAUCAUGGUGGAGAACAUGGUGCUAUUUUAACAGUGACAUUAAAUGAUAUGGGAAACUACGGGUGUUAUCCAGAUUGUGCUGAAAGGGUAUCAUUGCCUUUAUACACUGAGGCUGCUGUAAAUCUAAUAAGAAGAAGGCCAAUGAGUUCAUUGGUAGCUCAUACCCUAGGAUCAGCUAUCGUCAUCGAAUUUCUCUUGGUUUUCUCUCUUGGAGUACUGCUUCUAUUUUUUACAUGCAAGUGUGCAUUUCUUCUUGUAAGUGAAAGAAGAAACCGGCACAUGGAAAGUUCUGAGAUAGCUAGUGUGCAAAGUUCUCAUGAACCAACUAAAGUCACUUUUAAUGUGGCAUGUUUUGCUUACUCGACCAUGUGCAGCCAAGUACAAAUUUAUCUGGGGAUACAACUUACUUCACUGGAUGCUGUUCAAGCUCCUCCUUGUCUAGAAGCCGAUUUUCCAACUUUCGCCAGCGGUCUCGACGUCUAUCUGGAAAAGGAGAAUCGAGGAAGCCAGAGUUUCACUCUUCGCAUUCUUUUGGUGAUCAAAGUCAGCGAACUUCUCUACCCAGUAUCAAGGCACUUGCUAUUGAAAAAGGGCAAACUGAAACAGCUUGACAUAUUGCAUAAAUUUGAACUCUUUAACCAAGUCAGAGACUUUAACCUUGUUGAAAGGCAAUUUUUUUUUUUUGUUUCCUUAGCAUACUUAAUCGUUUGAUUGUUUAUC